AAUUCUGAAUCUGCUUCUACUGUCGUGUCGCCAUUUUAUUGAAAAAUUUGGUUUUCGUUAGCUGAUGUGUUGUUGCUGCCUUGCUGAAUAAGAUUUUGUCGACGUUUCAACAUUAACUUUAGUUUAUAUUUUGAAUUUAUCACAUACAAAUAUUAUGAUCGGAAAUUAGAAUAGUCUAUUGCGACUAAGAUAUAAACAAAUUAUAUCAUCAUGUCGGCCCACGAGCAAAUGAGGGCGAUGUUGGAUCAAUUGAUGGGCACAACCCGUAAUGGGGAAACUGAUAAGCAUGGUGUUAAGUUCUAUGAUGACACAGUUUGCAAAUCAUUUUUACUGCAAUGCUGUCCACAUGAAAUAUUAUCAUCCACUCGAAUGGAUUUAGGUGAGUGUCCUAAAAUACAUGAUCUGGCGCUACGUGCGGAUUUUGAAUUAGCUUCGAAAGCCAAAGACUAUUUCUAUGACAUUGAUGCCACAGAACAUUUAGAAACUUUCAUUGCUGAUUGCGACCGGCGCACUUCUGCGGCGAAGCAACGCCUGGCGGAAACACAGGAAGAACUCUCUGCAGAGGUGACUGAGAAAGCUAAUGCUGUCCAUGAGCUGGCUGAGCAGAUUGGUCAGAAGCUUGCCAGAGCGGAAGCUCUUGGCGAGGAAGGAAUGGUCGAAGAGAGUGUCAAACUCAUGGGAGAGAUAGAUGAGUUACGUAAAAAGAAAGCAUUGGCAGAACAAGAGUACCGCAAUUCGAUGCCGGCAUCUUCCUAUCAACAACAGAAAUUGCGCGUUUGUGAGGUGUGCUCUGCCUACCUAGGCAUCCACGAUAAUGAUCGCCGAUUGGCUGACCAUUUCGGUGGAAAACUACAUCUUGGAUUUAUCACCAUUCGCGAGAAACUAGCAGAGCUUAAGAAAAACGUGGACAAACGUCGCGAGGAGCGCGGCGUUAUAGAGCGCGAACGCGGUGGCGGGCGACGGCACUACGUAGGUGGCCGGGAACUCGAUCGCCGUGCGCGCCGCCACCGGGAAACAGCGCGUGAACGUGAGCGGGAACGCGAUCGGGACCGCAAUAAGGAGCGCACCGAGCGAGACAAGGAACGCACCGACAGGGACAAGGAACGCACCGACAGAGAUAAAGAACGCAGCGAGCGGGACAAGGACCGCAGCGAGCGGGACAAGGACCGCAACGAGCGGGACAAGGAACGCAGCGAACGGAGACGCAGCCGAUCUCGUAGCAAAGCAAAGCGCGAUAGUUCACGAGAGAAAUCGCGCGGUCGAGAUCGCGACCGAGAUCGUGACUCGCGACGCAGUCGCUCAAACCGAUCUAAUUCGCGAGAACGAAGACGCGAAUAACCUACACAAGCUUUCAUUUUAGCUAAGUAAUCUCCAGCCCUCCGGAUUCUAAUGAGUACUGGGUGUGUAUAAAGAUUUGUUUUCAAUCUUAAUGUCUACUUCUCAUUACAUAUUUGUUUUUUUUUUCUCAAUUAAUUGAAGAUUUCAUAGCCCAUACACAGAAUGAGUUGUCGCUGCGAUAGAUGCAGUUUGCACACGAAACGAUCAACCAUUGCAAUUAACCAUUUAUUUGUUGAAUGAUAAAGAAGUGGCGAAUACAAAUACGUGUAUAAUAAUAAAUCAAUCUAGCAUCUUCAGAUAGAGCACGAUAUUUAAAAUAGUUUUGAAUAAUUUCGGGUGUUUAUCGUUAACUAUAUUGACAUACAUCGGAUCGAUUCAUCGUUAAACGAAUCUUUAAUUUAUGGAGGAUAUUUAGGUCAUUCAAAGUUGUAUAAUUCCGCCGCAGGGUUUUUCUUACUUCUUUGCAUCUGAGACGGUAGUCUCGUUGCAGAGUGCAUUACAACCUAAUUACGUGACACAAUUAGAUCUAUGGAUACAAUGUGGUAAGUGUGUGAGUGCAUAAUAAAACCAAAUUAAUUAUGAUUGUAUGUGAAGGUCUCAUACCAGUAAAUAAAGGCAAUCCAGAAUUGGUAAUCGUAGUUAUCAUUAUCUACCACUCAAUGGUUGGUUUUGUUUGUUCUAUGGUUUUAUAUAAUUUGUUUGUCCUGGAAAGCUGACUAGACAGUCCCGUAUCUAAUAUAUAAUAUUAUAAGCUAUUUACAUUUGUUUGCUUUCAGAAUUAUUUGGUAGGUAUAUUAUUUAGCUUUAACUUAUGUUCUAAUGAUGAUUUAGUUUUAAAACUAAAUAUCUUUUUUGAUUGUCUGUGUGCUUGAUUUAUAAAUUAAUUAUCAAUUGUAUAAUAUACUUGAACUUGUAAACUUUCGACUAAAGUAUAAUAUGAUUGAGUAAUGAAUUUCACAAGAACUUAGCAUGGAAUAUAAGAAUAAAGUCAAUAUUGUUCAGUUACUUGCUGUUUUUUUUCCAUAUUUUAAAAUGAGCAAAGCUAAAAAGUGCUAUUCAGAUGUUUCAUUUGCUUGUGUGCGUGACGCUGCAUUGUUUUUUCUCAGAGAAAUCAAUGAAGGGAAUUGCCCAUCUGCCAUGGGUUAUAUUGAAUUUCUAUUUCAUUUUAUUGCAAAGCAAAUGAAAUGAAAUCAGAAUAGCGUUAAAUUCUCCCUAGUUUCCACCAAAGAAAAGAGGAGAGAUGAAGCCAAGUGCAGAGAAGACGUGGAAUUAAAGAAAUGUGAUUCGUUGUUUGCAUACAUUACUAUCUUUUCCUCUCCACUUUCUUGGGAACCGGGCCUAAGCCAGGCAUUUACCUCUAGUGUAGUUUAGCCGAGUUGAGACAUAAGUGAAUAUGAUAAAAAUAAUAUUUGACAAUGCCCUCAUAAAAAUAAAAAUGAAUUAAGAUUCUAGUUUUAAACACCGAUAUUAAUGUUAUUUAUUAAUUAAUAAUCCUGACAGAACUUCACAUUGAAUAAUAUUUUGUAUAUUUUAUUACUGUGAGAAUAUUGUUUCAAUAUUAUGCAAGAUUCUUGUAUAAGUGGUUUUAAGGUACUCGAUAAAUUUUAUAGUAAUCCACACUGUCCAUCGAAAUAAAAUAAAAGAAAUAUUAUUUUCACAAGUUGUUUUAAGGCCUGCGCACAUCAUAUCGCACAUCAUAUCGACUCAACAUAUAGCAUACUCAAAUUAUAGCAUUGAAAUGUGACCUUUAUAUCAUAUGACAUAUUAUGUAUACAUAGUUAUGAUUAAUUAUUACCCACUAUCCAUCCUCGUCAUAUACGCUCUUCUGGCUUUAAAUAUUGAAAAGUUAAUAUGUCAAAUACAAUAUGGGUCACAUUCCAAUUUAGCUUAAUAUCAGCAUUUAGUCGGUGUCGGUUAUUUUGGUGUGCGAAAGCCAUUUGGGUUCUAUGUUUUAUUGUCACGUUAAGUGAUUUCGGAUCUUUUGAUGUAAGAGGGUUUCUUUAAGCUAUUCUUUUGUUAAAUAAAAAUAUUAUUGAGGA